AUGCGACUCUUCAAAUCACUGGCGACGGUCACGGCGGCCCUGGUGGCUCUGCCAUCACUCGUCACAGCCGAACGAAUGCUGUUGUCCACUUCGUUGAACUCGUGUCAAAAGAACUCCAGAUUCGAAGCCAGCCUUUUCAACGUUGUGUACACCCCUUCGAAUAACUCCGCGUCCAUCGAUGUCGUGGCCACCAUUUCGGUGCAGGGCAAGGCGACAUUUAGCUUGGCCGUGUCAGUCUACGGCUACCAACUCAUCCAGCAAGACCUCAACCCAUGCAACAUGGCCGGGCUAGAAGGAAUUUGCCCGUUGGCUCCCGGAAAGCAGCAAUUUACAUUUACCGUGCCCGUCCCUGCGAGUUCCGUCAAGGACGUUCCCGGUAUUGCCUUUACCAUCCCCGACUUGGACGCCUCGGUGCGUGUCAAGAUGAACUUGAUUGACACCAAGGAGCAAAUUGCCUGUGUGGAGGCCAGGAUUUCCAACGGCAAAACCGUUGAUCUAAAAGGCGUCAAGUGGGCGACGGCCAUUAUUGCUGGGCUGGCGCUCUUGUCGUCGGCUGCAGUGAGCGGGCUGGGCCAUCUAAACACGGCCGCCCAUGUUGCUGCCAACUCCCUUUCCCUGUUUGGAUACUUUCAAGCCCAAGCGAUUAUUGGGUUGACUGGCGUGCAUCUUCCGCCUAUUGUGCAGGCGUGGACCCAGAACUUCCAGUGGUCCAUGGGGAUCAUUCACGUUACGUUUAUGCAGAACAUCUUUACGUGGUAUCAGCGGGCGACGGGCGGAACCCCUUCGACCUUGUUUUCCACGAUUCGCAGCAUCUCGGUUCAAGUUGAGAAGCGUAGUGUCGACAUGGCCCAGCGUGGUCUUGCGAUGCUCCCCGACAAGGUGUCCAGCUCGACGGGUCCCUUGAUGAAGCGCGCAGGAAAUAUCGUUAAUGAAUCCGGCUCUUUUCUCGUAGUUGGUAUCCAGCGAGUGGCCUUCCGCGCCAAGAUUGAAUCGACAAACCUCUUUUUGACCGGUUUCAUCUUCUUUUCGUUGUUUGUGAUCUUCACUCUCAUCGGCGUUGUGGCCUUCAAAGGCAUCCUCGAGCUUUUCGCAUCAAAGGGUCUCAUGGCAAAGGACAAGUUUCUGGAGUUUCGAAAAGGGUGGCGCAUCAUUCUCAAGGGCAUCAUGUUCCGCGUCUGCCUCAUUGGCUUCCCGCAGGUUGCCAUUCUCUGCCUCUGGGAGCUGACACAGAUUGAUUCCCCGGCGCUGGCCGUUUUGGCCGUGGCCCUCUUCCUGGCCGUGAUUGUGACACUUGGUUGGGGUGCCAGCAAGGUGAUUCGAAUUGCGCGUCGGUCGAUUGCCAUGCACAGGAACCCGGCCUACAUUCUCUUUUCCGAUCCGCAGGCCUUGAACAAAUGGGGGUUUCUAUAUAUCCAGUUCCGUGCGUCGGCCUACUUCUUCGUGGUUCCCGUCUUGGGCUACGUGUUGAUCAAGGCCAUGUUUGUUGCCUUUGGGCAAAGGACCGGUCUGGCACAGGCCAUUGGCUUUCUCAUCCUAGAGUUGGCUGCUCUGAUUGCAUGUUCCGUCAUGCGUCCGUGGAUGGACAAGUCGACCAAUUCGUUCAACAUUGCCAUUUAUUCGGUAAACUUUAUUAACGCUAUUUGCUUGCUAGUGUUUUCCAACGUUUUCGGGGCUCCUGGUCUUGUCAUUGGUGUCGUGGGCGUUGUAUUUUUUAUUCUUAAUGCUGCCUUUUCGCUUGUUCUCUUGCUCAUGGUCAUCAUAUCAACCACCAUUACCUUCUUCCGAAAGAACCCCGACGCCAAGUAUCAGUACAUGGCUGAUGACCGCGCCUCCUUCAUGCGGUCCCAAACUCACUUGACGACGACGACGGAGCUCGACGCCCUGGCUGCCACGGCCCGCGGUGACAAGGGCGGAUACAAGUCGCGACUCGACCUGGAAGACGACGGCCAGCAUCUUCGCCCGCAUAGCAGCGGUGACCGAUCGGCGAGUCCUGCUUCGUCCCUCAACGCGUCCGUGCCAAUGUUCCCGGCCAGCAGGGAGCAAAGUCCCUUCCGAUCUGCUUCCCCGGUUCCGAGCAUGGAAUCACAUGGAGCCGCACCACCCUCCUACCGGCAGGUCAACAAUUCAAGGCUAUGA